AUGGUUCAAAGUUUAGGGGCGGAGCCGCAUCACCAGACAACUGUCACUCACCUGGACAUCGUCACAGCGACGGGCUUCAAGGCCAUUCUGGACUUCAUGUACUCGGCCCACCUGGCGCUGACCAGUAAAAAUGUCAUUGAGGUGAUGUCAGCCGCCAGCUACCUGCAAAUGACCGACAUUGUCCAGGCCUGCCACGGCUUCAUCAAGGCCGCGCUGGACAUCAGUAUCCGCUCCGAACUGGCCGACGAACUGGCCGACUUUGAGAUGGGGGCUGCCGCGGGCGCUGGUCUAGGGGGAGGUGGAGGAGGAGGUGGGGGAGGUGUAGGAGGGGUGGCGUCAGAAGCCUUGGUGUCUAUCAUAUCAGGACGAAGCUCCUCGCCCUGGCUGGGGAGGCGUACAAGCCCGGCCAACUCCUCUGGGGACUCCGCCAUUGCCAGCUGCCAUGAGGGUAGUGGCAGUACAUAUGGGAAAGAGGACCAGGAGCCCCCCAAGAGCCACGAGAGCCAGGAGGACUGUGGUCACGACUCCCAGCCCGCCUGGCCACACAACUACCGCCCUGUCAAAGAGGAACAAGUCUCACCCUCCUCAGUUUCUCACCCCCGGGAUGGGCCCAAUGUGGGUGCAGGGACACAGGGGGAUCAGGGGGGAGGAGGUGAAGGGCCGUGGCAGCCCUCUGGGUCUGGGUCUGGGCGGAGGAAGAACAGGAAGAACAAGGACACGGUCAGACACAUUACCCAGCAGGCCGAGGGGGACCGAGACAGCAGGCCGGGGUCGCCGCUGCCCUCCAUGAUGGGCGUGACGGGGUGGAGCUACAAUGGAAAAGACAUCCCAGGUGCAGAUGUGACGGAGCCCAACAGCUCAGACAGUCGCGGAGAACGUCUCGACUUCUUCCUCAAACAGGAAGAGUCUCUGGCAGCGAGCGAGGCCAACUUCCUGGGUGCCAGCGAAUCAGAUGAGGCCGGAGGUGGAACCGGGGGCAGGACUACCCCAUUGGUAGCCAAUCUGAGGGCAGCGUUGAUGAGCAAAAACAGCCUGCUGUCGCUACGGGCUGAGAUGCUGGGAGACGAUAACCCUCUAUUGUUUGAAUACCUGCCCAAAGGAGGGCACUCCCUCUCACUGAAUGACUUCACAGUCAUCCGUAAGAAGUUUAAGUGCCCCUACUGUAGUUUCUCUGCCAUGCACCAGUGCAUCCUGAAGAGGCACAUGCGCUCCCACACGGGCGAGAGGCCCUACCCCUGUGAGAUCUGUGGCAAGAAGUUCACCAGGAGGGAGCACAUGAAGAGACACACACUGGUCCACAGUAAGGAUAAGAAGUAUGUGUGUAAGGUCUGCAGCCGGGUCUUCAUGUCGGCAGCCAGUGUCGGAAUCAAACACGGCUCCCGUCGCCACGGCGUCUGCGUUGAAUGUUCUGGGCGGGGCAUGGCCGCGUUAUUGGACCACAACGGGGAAGUGGGCGGAGAGCUCUCCCCUGAGGACGAGCCGUAUCCCGGCGACCACCGUUUCCCUGAUGACCAGACCGAGUGCGACGGAGAGGAAGAGAUGAUGACGGAAGGGGAUGGAGAGAUAAUAGGAGAGGUGGAUGACAAGGGAAGGAAGUGGAAGGAUGACUCAGGGAUGAUGACGGCGGGAGACGGGGCGAUGGACAAUGACAAGGAGGAGAGCAAUGACUCUGUGCCAGAGCGGGUGCAGCACAACGGGAGCGAGAAGGAUUUCGGCUGGAUCUCUUAGGAUCCCAUGGGAUCAUUUAGGAUCUAUUGUGGAUCUGUUGGAAUGUCUCAGGCAGAGACACUUCUCUUUACCCAUGUUCAUGGGCAGGCCUUCCUCUGAGUGGGGUAUGUGGGCGAUACAUGACAAUGAUGUAAAUUGACAGGUGCCACACACACAAGCUGAGCCCUGUGCUGAUGAUUGCCAUGGAGAGCGAUUGAGAGAAGAGAGUCUCUUUCUGUUCACCACCUUUCUUUCUGAUGCAGUUUCUUUCCUCUUUAGUUUCGUUUUUUUUUCUUGUUUCUGAUGAGGACCAGACCAGAGUCUGUCCAUUGGUUUAGAUGUCCACCUAUGUCACACUGGGGCCAAUGAGGACUUAUUAAACGGUCUUGGGUGAUGUUGGACUGUGGCCAUUUGUGGUCACAGUCGCCACGGACAUGACGGAUUGUUAACGGUUUGGAAAAAUGCCACGGUGGUGUCUUGUUGCCAUUCAGUCCUAUUUGGGGACAGUCUAUACAUUUUUGGGGACAAUCUUUUAUCUAUUGCAAAGAUGCACGCGUCGGUCAUCGGAGUGAAACUGCCACAGACUUGCACUUUAAACGUUGACUAGAAUCCUGUCAAUGCCCACAACCCGUGGUUUACAUUUUCAAUCUGAUUUUAACUACACAACUCGGUGACCGCACCUACCUUUAAGGAUAUAUUGUAUGUCCUCAUGACUGUUAUAUAUAUAUACAUGGAUAUUAGUAUGCUUAUGUAGUAGUUUGCUGAUUAUAUAGCCUAUGCCUUUCAAUGGGUUCUUUUUCCUCCACUUUUUCUUGCGUUUUUGUUGAGCUGUGGUGAGAAUGAUGAAAGGUUGAGCAAAUGUACAUACAAACAAGACACGGGAAUUCUAGUAGAUCGAGGGAGAGUUGACGACAGGGAGUGUUAGAGAGUGAACACUAUGCAGGAACAUAACCCAUCACUCCAGAGGUAAGUGCUCUCUACUUUCAGAGAGAGGAUAUCAACGUUUUUAGGGUCGCGUCCACAGUUUAACAGAUGUUCUAGCGGUGCAGCGAAAUGCCUCUGUUACCGGCUCCUAACACCGCAGUGUCUAGAUCUCCACUUCAGAUAUUUACUCCCAUAAUGAGAGAGGUUGUCUUGUCUGAGGAAAGGUGACGAAAUGCUUAUUUGUGUACCGUUUGCCUGUACGACGAGUGGGCCGAUAGAGGGGUGAGAGAGACAGACUACACACACAAUGACGACGGGUCAAAACUCAUGCCAAAACAAUCACACUAUGAAACUAUUCUACGUGGCUUACAUUGAGUCUCUCUUUCUCCUUCUCACCCGUUCUGUCCUUCCAUCUCACGUUGUGUCUCUGUGCAGACUCUUUAGAACCUUUUGUUUAGUGAUCAUUUGUAUAUUUCACCAUCAACACAGAAUAUGCACACUUUUACAUCUUAGCGGACCUUAAAUGAUGGUUCAAUCUUUCAUUUUGGUGAGGACAUUUUAUUUCAGUUUGUAUUUGUAAAGAAAAGGUCAGGCUUGAGUCCAUCCAGAGAGGAUGCCUGUUCUGCUGAGUGCUUUUGUGACGCUUUCUUUUGUUUGAAAAUGUUAUUUAUUCAAAUCCAUGUUUUUUUUUUGUAGUGGAAUUAUUAUACUAUAAAAGCAUUCCCUCCACUCUGUCUCCUGCCUUCUGUGGGCGCGGUGUGUGGGGUGUGUUCGGGGUGUGUUCGUGUGUGCGCACGCACGUGAGAUGUGUUUUGAUUUUCUUCCGGUUAUUUCCUGCUAUUUGACCAUUUUGAGUCUUAUUACGAUGAGCAGAAGUAUGAUUAUUGUUGUUAUGGGUUACAUUAUUAACAUUAUGAUUAUUAAGUGCUGGAUGCGAAGCAUUAUCGUGCGUUUCUUUUUGAUAUUUUAUAUCUUGUAUAAGGAAAGCUUUUAUAUUUGGCCUUGUUGUGGACAGCAAGCCAUUAGGCUUUUCAGAUGUGUGCCAGUUCUCUGCUUUUCUGUUGUGUUUGUUUUUUACAGAGAAAAGACAAAUUAGAGGAACUUAUUCUAAGUUAGAUAUGGAUCAGAACUUACUGUGUGUAUGGUAUGGCACGUGCUUCUAUAUUACUAACAUACACUAAUUCAUUAACAUUAUACCAAAAACAAUCUAAUACAUUGUAUCAAGUGCUUUUGUUUCAACCGUGCGUGUGCAGGUGCAAAUAUUUUCAAUUUAUUGUGGUCUAAUAAUUUUGUUUGAAUGUAGUUAUUUCGUUUAUUUUGUAAUAUUCUUCAGUUUGUAUACAUAUGGUAUAAUUGUAUAUGAAGAGCCUUGUGCCCUGCUAGUCUAGACCUGCUGGAGAUUGCAUCUUUAACCCCUCUUUUCUUUAUUGGCCUUGUUGCCCUGGUUUCCAAAGGCGUGUUCUACUGUAUAUCCUGAAACAUAAACCCAAUUCCAAAUCCACCCCUGGCCCCAACCCCUAUAUACUUUUUGUAGGUCUGAAAUGAUCGGACUGGUGUAAAUAUGAUAUAUUUCAACUUGGCCUAUCAAAGGGCAAGGUCCUUCCAGACCUACAAGACAUGUUUUGGAGUGCCUGGGCGCUACAAGGGAAAGGAACGGAGUGGGCCACAAUGUUGGCUCUGGGAAUUGUAGUUGGUUUGCCGGAGGUGGUUGCAAACACACCAUCUGCCACACUUCAAUUUCCAUCUGUCCCAAUUCUAAACACUGUAUCCAACGAACACCCCUCUGCUGUAUGUUUUGAUUUCACUGAUUGGAAAUGCCUUCUCCAUGUGUGGUGACUAGCUGUAUUUAAGUUGCAUCAUUUUCAUUUGACCCAUCCAUCAGCAAUCUCUAAUCUGUUUUCAGAAAGAAAACAAAUGACGUUUGGGUGGAUAUGUUGAACGUUAAUGGCUGAAUAUAAUGGGAUUGUCGAGAAGUGCAGUGUAGUCGGAAAGUAGUGCAGUAUCCGUGAUAUUCCUCUGUCACCCACACAGAUAUUUUCACCCACUUUAGUUCUCUUCUCAUCAUCACCUGCCUGUGUCUUCUUCCUUGUCUUGGGUUGUAAUUCAGGAAAUAUUUGCCAUCCAAUCCCCUCAACAAUGUGCCUCGAUCUGUUUUACCGGUGUGUGCGUGGGUGUGCCUGCGUGGGUGUGUGUGUGUGUGUUUCAAGAGAAACGGAAAUCAUAUAUUUUAUCUCAAUCACAGGUGCAAAAAGUUGAGACAAAAAAAAAUGCAGCUAUAUGUUUGUUUCUGACUGUGUUUAUUAAUCGUUUGUGCCCUGGUUUUAUGGUCUUAACUGCACGUCUCUGUUCAUUUGGCGUACCAAAGUCUCUCACAUCCGCACACACCAUGAACACCGAACUGUUUGCUUUUCAGAAGAUGAAUAUGGCAAUUCCCUUCUUAGAUGUGUACAAAACUGAAAUCCUGAUUUAGCCUGUAUAGCUUGAUUCAUAUGUGCAAAUCACAAAGCCAUAGACAUGGUUAUAUGUAGAGUAUACUAUAUUUCAAAAUUCUUACUUUUUAUUUUAGACUCUGUUCUUUACUAAGAGUGAUGUGUUCAUAUAUAUAUAUAUAUAUAUAUAUAUAUAUAUAAAUUGAUAUUACUAUUAUAUAUUAUUUAUUUUCUCUCACGUUUCGCGAGGUGUCUUUCAUUUGUAAAGUGAGAUGCUUGAAACUUUACGGUUCUUUGUUGGGAAUAUUGUUCAAUAUGACACUGACUUUAUAUCGAUUAUCAUAAACCUGUGUUUGUAACGAAGAUGUGUUUGAAUAAUCAAAACUUUGUUCUGUUUGGGGAGGAUUAAAGUGGGACGAUUUUCUGUGUAGUACUGAUCCCUUUUUCCGUUUUUAUAGCCAAACAUGACCUUCCCUGCCGUCCUGUUGUGAGGGCUAGCCUAAAGGGCUAACCCAGGCCUCUUUCUAACUUCAUGUUUAGUGGAAUUAGCUUGACUAUUAUUUGCAAAACAAAUCAGUCUCAAUAAAUUUGGAAAU